GGCGGAGGCGUCAGUAGAGACGGCAGUAACCCGCUCCGACCUGUGUCAGUAUCUGUCGGAGUUCAAGCGAAACCCAUUAAAAACACACCUGAGUUUGACGGAAUCACAGACGGAAUCGUUUGGGUUUUGAGCUUCAUAUCCCGUGACUAGGUUUAAGCCUUGAGACAGCAAAAGGUCCCCAAAAACCGCGAUAAUCAACAACACCCGAGGAGAAGCGUGUAGAGAAAAGACGGCAUCCGGCCUGCGAGGAAGAAGAAGCCGAAGGCUGGUACUCUGGUCUAAGCGGCUCUUUUUAUUUCUGGCCUCCGCUGCCUCAGAGGCCAAUGGAGAAGAUGAAGCGGUUUAAGAGGCGUUUGUCGCUCACACUGCGUGGCAGCCAGACCAUCGAUGAGUCCCUCUCAGAACUCGCUGAGCAGAUGACCGUAGAGGAAAACAGCAGUAAGGACAGUGAGCCAAUAGUGAGGAAUGGACGGCCGCCCUCAUCACAUAGUAUGCACUCGUUCUUGCACCAGUACACGGGUUCGUUCAAGAAGCCUCCUCUUCGCCGGCCUCACAGCGUCAUCGGGGGCAGCCUGGGCUCCUUCAUGGCAAUGCCACGAAAUGGAAGCAGACUCGACAUAGUCCAUGAGAAUUUAAAGAUGGGAUCCGAUGGUGAGAGUGAUCAGGCAUCGGGAACCUCUUCAGACGAGGUUCAGUCACCCACUGGAGUGUGUCUCCGCACACGAACACAUCGCCGCAUAUCCAUGGAGGAUGUGAAUAAGCGCCUGUCUCUACCUGCUGAUAUUCGGAUCCCUGACGGUUAUCUGGAGAAACUGCAGCUGAGCAGCCCCCCCUUCGACCAGCCGCUCAGCCGCCGAUCACGCAGGGCCUCACUGUCAGAAAUUGGCUUUGGCAAACUGGAGACCUACAUCAAACUGGACAAGCUUGGAGAGGGAACAUAUGCAACGGUUUUCAAAGGCCGGAGCAAACUGACAGACAACUUGGUAGCUUUGAAGGAGAUCCGGUUAGAGCACGAGGAAGGGGCACCUUGCACAGCCAUAAGAGAGGUAUCAUUACUGAAGGACCUGAAGCACGCCAACAUUGUUACGCUCCAUGACAUCGUCCACACAGAAAAGUCCCUCACCCUUGUAUUUGAGUACUUGGAUAAGGAUCUAAAGCAGUACAUGGAUGACUGUGGGAACAUCAUGAGCAUGCACAAUGUGAAGAUUUUCCUCUUUCAGAUCUUGCGAGGACUGGCAUACUGCCACAGACGUAAGGUUCUGCACAGGGACCUGAAGCCACAGAACCUACUCAUCAAUGAGAAAGGGGAGCUCAAGCUGGCAGACUUUGGUCUUGCUCGAGCCAAAUCUGUCCCCACUAAGACUUACUCAAAUGAAGUGGUAACUCUUUGGUACAGACCUCCAGAUGUACUGCUCGGUUCUUCUGAAUACUCCACACAGAUCGACAUGUGGGGGGUUGGGUGUAUAUUCUAUGAGAUGGCUGCAGGUCGGCCGCUUUUCCCAGGCUCCACAGUGGAGGAUGAACUGCAUCUUAUCUUCAGGCUACUUGGUACACCCACAGAGGAUAACUGGCCAGGAAUCUCAUCAAUCGAAGAAUUCAAAUCCUACAACUUUCCAAAAUACAAACCACAGCCCUUCAUCAACCAUGCACCGAGGCUAGACACUGAAGGAAUUGAGUUGUUGUUGUCAUUUCUUAAGUACGAGUCCAAGAAACGAAUUUCUGCUGAUGAUUCGAUGAAACACUCUUACUUCAAGAGUCUUGGCAUGCGCAUGCACACGCUGCCUGAGAGUAUAUCUAUAUUUACACUGAAAGAAGUGCAACUACAGCGAGACCCUGGUUACCGGAAUGCCUCAUACCCCGAGACUGGAAACAGCAAGAACAGAAGACAGAGUAUGCUGUUCUAAGCACUGACUCUGACAAAUACACUCGCACAAGCAUACAAACAAACACACGAACACACACACAAAAGCACACAGUGGUUCAGGAUGAUGGUGUUUGCUCAGCAACUGUCUUGUACAGACUAACAGACUAUCCUCCCUACCCUCUUUAGUCAGAGUAUGAGUGUGUGUGUGUGUGAGAGACAAAGUUAAGGUGAAUGGUUGAGUGAGUGGGACAGAGCAGUCCGGCUCUCCUCCAUCCUUCCGUGUCCAGCAUGCAGUCCCACUGACAGAACACAGUGGCACCCCUGCCCCAUGUCUGCUUCCUCAAGGCAACACAUUGGAGAUUAGACUGUGAGAGGGAGAUCGUGUAUAUAUGUGUGUUAUGUGUGUGUAUUUAUUGAAAAGGUCGUCUGGCUUUUUUUUUGCUGCUAAUCAACUACUGUCUCCUUGUAACCUUCUCUACUCUCAGGCAGCCUUCCUGGUUGCGGACACAUCAGUACUGCCGUCAAGGAUUUAAUUUUUUUUUUUUUAAUAGUUCUUGUAAUUCUGGAUAUAAUUAUGUUAAUAACGUUUAUAUUACAAAUGUCAUGUUUGUUGUUGCCCACAUUUUGAAUUGCAUCCUUUCUUUUUUGGCAUGGUUAUUAUGUAGAAACAGUAGUUUCUACACACUUUGUAGAAGCUGUACAAAAACUCCUCACUCUCAUUCCAAUCUCCAAAGCUCAUUUUGACAUGCCAGAUGACCCAGAGACUGGGGAAGAUACCCUCCUCCUCUCUGUCAGUGAGCCGUGGAUGCAGCAAGUGUGUAACUCCUUCAGGGAGACAAACUCACCGCGAGAUAGAGAGCACUAAACUGCUUAUAGAUGCUACUGAAUCAUUUGUGACCGUCGCCACGUUCAGUCAGCAUUGUGAAGCCAACCGUGAUGUCGGGGUGGAGGACCAAGCUGUGAGAGGGGGAUCAAUACCACUGGACCAGCAGUAAUCACUUGAUCUUCAGUCUUUUCUGCAAAGACCUUCCACACCUACUUCUUUGAGCAAAUGUUCUCUUUUAUUGUCGUUCUACUUAUCUUUUUCCCCUGUGAAAAUUUUCUGCCUAGACUGAAGUGCUUGUAUGAGGUUUUUCCCCCUUUGAGCGCAAUUUAUUCUAAUGCAUCAUCAGUGAAUGUACAAAAAAUGAGUCAUGCCAGAUCUCUGUAGCAUUUUUGUAUGCGUGUUUGCGUGUAUGUCCGUGUGCGUAAGAGAUCAGGGAGAUCAGACAGCACAGAAGCUUGUUGCACCAUGCUAGUAAGUUUUCUGAAGAUGCAUUAGCUUCAUUAACAGUAUUAGAUUUUUUUUUUUAAGUUACAUUUUGAUUCAUCUGUGAAUAAUAAUAUAACCGUGUGGCAUGUUGGCGUCCAACUGUCUCACCUUCAUUUUAGAAAUUUCUUUAUUUAGGGGAAAAAAAUAUGAAAAAUACAGAACAAAAACGUGGCUCUAUUGGACCAAUCUCUUCCCCCUGAUCUUUAUACACAUGAAGAAAAGAUUUCAGACAGAGGUUUUAGAUUAAACAGAUUUUGUUGUUUUUGAACUGACCUCUCUGUUGAUUAAUAUUGUAAUUUUGCAGUUGAUUGUGACUGGAGAAGCGUGUGUAUGUGUAUAGAUGCAUGGAAAGCCUGGUGUCUCGUUAACCUCGCCUCUGUGGAACACUGACGCUCUCAGUUGUAUACCAGCUGAAUUGACCAUUUAACUCUUUCUACUGCAGAUAUUUAUUUCUGUGGAUCAGUGAAGUAAACAUGGUCUGUUUCCUACAGAA